UGGGCUCCCCCAGCUUCCCCAGGAAGUUCGCCCCCGGCCGCUGAACCCGCCCGGAGCGCCCAGGGAGGUUCCAGCGGCGUCGUCUCCCCGGGGAGAGGGAAGGGCAGGGCCCGCCGCCCCUGCGAGCAGCAUGGACCCGAGCGCCGUCGGUCACCCGGUGACCCUCAUCAUCAAGGCCCCCAACCAGAAGUACACCGACCAGACCAUUAACUGCUUCCUGGACUGGACUGUGGGCAGGCUAAAAUCUCACCUCUCUGACGUCUACCCCAGUAAGCCGUCUACAAAGGAUCAGAGACUGGUGUAUUCUGGCAGACUGCUUCCUGAUCAUCUGCAGCUGAAAGAUGUUCUCAGAAAACAAGAUGAGUAUCAUAUGGUUCAUCUGGUAUGUACUUCCCGGACACCCCCAAGUUCUCCAAAACCCAGCACCAGUAGAGAAGGUCACGGAGCUUCAACCUCGAGCAGUAGCUCAAAUUUGGACCGUUCUGGAUCAACCGCUGCCUCACCCACAAACCAAGAAGCUUCAUCUACGUCGUUGAACACUAGUGCUGAUGGAGUGAGGCAUCGUAAUAUUCCACAAGUACAAAGCAACCCCAUACCAAGCCCCCAGUUCCCCUAUUUAAUGCAAGGCAAUAUAGGCAACCAAUUUCCAGGCCAAGGUGUUCCUGCUGGAUUUUCUAUGUAUCCUGCAUUCAGUCCCCUACAGAUGAUCUGGUGGCAACAAAUGUAUGCACGUCAGUACUACAUGCAAUACCAAGCUGCUGUUUCAGCCCAAGUGACUUCCAGCACUGAGCCAGUGAGAUCUGCAGUUGCGCAGGCUGUAAAUUCAGAACGUGCUCCUGCAAAUGAGCCCGCAGCAGUGCCAAAUGUAGCCGUCCAGGAGAACAGGCCUGUAAACCCGAAUGUUCAGAUGAAUGCACAGGGUGGCCCAGUAGUGAAUGAGGAGGACUUCAACCGGGACUGGCUGGACUGGAUGUACACGUUCUCUAGAGCAGCAAUUCUUCUGAGCAUUGUAUACUUCUAUUCUUCCUUCAGUCGAUUUGUCAUGGUAAUGGGAGCCAUGCUGCUGGUUUACUUACACCAAGCUGGAUGGUUCCCCUUUAGGCAAGAGGGAGGCCAACAACAGGCAGCCAAUAAUGUGGAAGUGAACCGUGAUGGGCAACAUGCAAAUAACCCUGAUCUUGAAGAGAUGGAACGACUUAUGGAUGAUGGGAUUGAUGAAGACAGCAGAGAAGAUGCAGGUGACGAUGCCAGUACAGAGCAGCAGCCUGGAUUCAUGGCUUCUGCUUGGUCCUUUAUCACAACCUUCUUCACAUCACUCAUCCCUGAAGGGCCUCCACAGGUUGGCAAUUAAAGCAGAAAAGGAACUGUGUCAGGCAGCCUCAGUAGCCAUACGUAGAACUGGAGCAUAUUCUAGGGAGUGUUUUAAAUACAGUGCAAUUUCUGAAAAUUUAUAACGUUAUCUUUUUGAUCAUGGUGUACAAAAAUGUGUAUUUUGUUUUCUUUUGGCUUUCUCAUGCGUUGAAUAUUUUAAGCACAAGUGGACUACUAAAUGCUUUCUUUAAGAUUCUUCUUUUUCUGAAGAAUAAAAUGUAAAGAUAUUGGUCUUCCAUGUUUUAUUUUGAUUUCAAAUGUGUAUUAUACUGAGGCAAAAAGCCUGUACUUAAUCUGCACCAUUACCUCUUUAAAGAGCUGUUAAAAAUAUGAAUGUUCACACACUUUUCCAAAUGCUAUCUAUCAUUUGAAUAACUUCAACGUAACUUGUGUUAGUUUUAUGCAGGGUAUGAAUUAUCACUUGGGAUUUGGGAGUUUAUAUCAUUCCUGGAAGAAUGCUGUAAACACAAGGAUUACUUGUUAACGGCAUGUUGUCUUCAUGCCACAAAAUACUCUUCUCAUACAUUUAGAAAGUUAAAAGCUUUUUCUUGAGGCUAUACUGCAGUUCAUUCAAGUUGGAGAUGUUUGACAGCUCUUCAAAGACAAUUGACAGCGAUGGGAUAAACCUUAAAUGUUUGAUACGUACAGUACUUUUUAAGAAAAAUAUAGCUGUACUGGGGAAAAACAUGUACAUUAGGUUUUUUUAAUAAAAACUGUUAUGGUAACUCUUUUGGAUGUUUAUAUGCAUAUUUGAAUGCAAACAACUAAAUAGUGCAUCAUUAAGGACAAGAAUAUGAUAGAUUUGAGAAUGGAAUAAAGUUAUGGUGGCAUUAUGAUACCGAGUGAAGUUGUAUGUUUGUAGCAGUGCUAACACAGUUACAGGUAUCUCAACAGCAGGGUAUCUGUAUUCUUAAACUUAACCUAAUUAAAACUGAGAGAGGGAAAACGGUACAUGAGAUAAUAGCACAGUGCUACUGUCAGUUUGGUUUUGGUUGCUUGCUUUAGACUUUGAGUGAAGAAGUUUCAUUUGGUUUUGUUCCUAAUUCUGAAGUUAUGUGUUAUCGAACUUAAAAAAUAGCUGCAAAGAUUGUGUUAUACUAGAACCAAAAGAAAGCGUAUCCAGUUUUCUGAUUUCCAGGUACAGGGCAAAGCUCUUACAGAAGUCUGAACAAGUGGGAAAUAAGGGUUUAUUUUUUACUUGCUUAUGUCAAGCUGAUGAAGCUAUG